AUGCCAACGAUGGAAAAGGCUUCAAGUAUCAAGAAAUUUGCCGAUCAUCUAAAAAAAUAUCCCGAUGCCAAGGUGAUCUUUAUGGUAGGUGCUGGUAUUUCUACCUCUUGUGGUAUCCCGGAUUUUAGAUCUCCAAAAACUGGUCUUUAUCACAAUCUGGCCAAAUUGGACCUUCCAUUUGCAGAAGCCGUCUUCGAUGUGGAUUAUUUUGAAGAGAAUCCAAAACCAUUUUACACUUUAGCACAAGAGCUUUAUCCCGGAACUUUUCAACCUAGCAGAUUCCAUAAUCUGAUGAAGCUGUUUGAAGACAAGAAAAGAUUACAGAGGGUUUACACUCAAAAUAUCGAUACAGUGGAGCAUCAGGCUCUUAUCAGCAGUGAGUAUGUGAUCGAAGCCCACGGUUCAUUUGCCAGCAAUCACUGUAUUAAGUGUGCCAAGAAGUACCCAUUAGAAAAAUUCAAAUCCAAGUUAAACCCCAAGAAAUCAUCCUCAAAGGAUAAGAAAGCUCCUGAGUUCGACUACGCCCGUUGUGAUGAAUGUGACGGACUCGUAAAGCCCGCUAUCGUCUUCUUUGGAGAAGGUCUACCAUCUAGGUUUUUCGAUACUUGGGAACAAGAUCAGCAAUGGCUGCUAGACGAGAAAGAUAAGAGACAUCUCGUUAUGGUCGUAGGAACUUCGCUGACCGUCUAUCCAUUUGCGUCAUUGCCGCAGGAGGUCCCUGAGACAGUUUUAAGAGCUUUGAUCAACAAGGAACUGGUUGGGGACUUUAAAGCUUAUCCUAGGGAAAAGGAUAUCAUAUUUCACGGAGAAGCUGAUUUAGCCGCCGAGCUUUUAGCGGAAGAAAUGGGUUGGUUGCCAGAAUUACAAGCAUUAGCCACUGAGCAACAGGAAACUAAAGCUUCGGAACAGGUCGAUAAGAUUGUUUCUGAUUUGGAGAAGCUGAACCUGGACAAGAAGACGUCGAAAGAAUGA